AUUUACAUGAAACAAUUUGUUCUAAUUGUAAUGAAUUUUGGAUUUUAUUCAAGGAUUUAUAUGAUAUACUUGGUGAAACUUCAAAAAAUAUAUUAGAAGAUGCUCAAGAUAAACUAAUUUAUUAUCUUAGUCACCAAACUCGAAAG